AUGGGGGUUCCAGAUAGAAAUCCACAGAUACAUGAGUCUGCAAUUAUGGGGGAAUUGCUUCGAUUUUGGUAUGGCAGCUGUACAGAUUAUCGCCUGACUGUUGAAAACCUGUCCAGUAAAGUUUCUUGGCAGGAUCUCAAGGAUUUCAUGCGUCAGGCUGGGGAAGUGACAUAUGCUGAUGCUCACAAAUAUAGAAGGAAUGAAGGGGUGGUUGAGUUUGCUACUUAUGCUGAUAUGAAAAAUGCUAUGCAUCGUUUAGAUGGGAAGGACUUGCAUGGGAGACGGAUUCGUUUGGUUGAUGAGUCGAAGUCUCGCUCGUCAAGACGUUCAAGAAGAUCAAGAUCAAGAUCAUCGUCUCGAUCAAGAUCUCGUUCUAGGUCACGCUCCCGUUCCAGGUCCCGAUCCCACACCAGAUCCCGAAGCCGUUCACGUUCAAGGAGUGGUGGUCACAGUAAAAAGCGUCGCUCAAAGUCAAAUUCUAAAUCAGCAUCUCGCUCUAGGUCUCGUUCUGGCUCUGACAGAUCCAAGUCCAGGUCAAGGUCCAGAUCCCGAUCCAGAUCAAGAUCUCGAAGUCCAACACAAGAAAAGAGCAAGAGCAGAAGUAGGUCAAAGUCUGCAGAUCGCGAUUCUGAAUCUGAUGAUGGGAAGUAAGCCUCAUAUGAAAAGAAGAAAAUAUAGGUUUGCUGCUCGUCUUGAAGAUCUGCUUAUAAUUACAAGAGGAGACUUCAGACAUCACGAUGGUGUUACACAAAGCAUAAUUUUAGAUCCAGAAAUUGCUUUCCCCAGCUGCAUUGAUAGUUAAUUAUAACCCCUUAAUUCUAGUAAUUAACACUGGUUAGAAGACUUGGCCAGUGAUAGAAGUCCCUUACUAAUAUGAUCCUGGGCUUGCUUCUGCUUUGUAUAAUAUCAUGACCAACACAUGAUUGGAAAUAUAAUAAUUUUCCUCCACCAGUGAUCAUCCUACUGAUGUUGCUAUUAACCAGUGUUUAUGUGAUAAAUUCUUCAAUUAUUACUUGAUGUGGAAACCUGUAGUUGUACAGUGCUAGAGUAUAUAGGGUAUACAAGGCUGAGAAUGAAUGAGAACUUAGUAAAUGGCAAUAGAUGAAAUAUGGUCUAUGAAAAUGAAUAAGUGACAGAUAGUGCUCAUAAUAAUAGGAGAGUGUUGAGCUAAUGAUGUUUAUCCAAUGACAUGCGUAGAGAACACACAAUUGACUGUUUCUACCUCUUUCAUUAGGUAUUUGAAGUUCACUGGUAAUUUAUAGUAUAUAUGAUGGCAUUAUUUUUACAGUACUUCAUGUGGUAUUUUUAUAUUUUAAAGUACUGGAAGCAGAGUUUUAUACUUGGAAAGUGUAGUAAACACAGUUAAUUCACAUGUAAAGAGCCUUCACAUGAUUCUCGAGGGAUUAAGCCUUUGAUGUUGCCAUGAAUCCAGCUACAGUACUAGUUUACACAAAGAAAGGUUGUUAAAUUACCCGCUUUGUACCAAAUCUCAAUAUUUUCAGUUUCUUGAGUUUAGUAGUAAAUGGUUUAGUUCAAAAUGUUGCUUUGAAGACCUUUAUCACAUCACCUUACUUGCUUCUUAGAUUAUGUAAAUUGUAUAGUUAGUUUUCAUAGUUUGUUUUCUCAUAAGGGAGCGUUUCUUGGUGAAUCGGCUUUAUUUUUGGCGAGACAUUUGGUGCUUAGAGUUAAAACAAAAACCUUUUGUUCUAAGUGCAAUCUUAGUUACCACCUACUGCCAACAGUAGUAAUCAUUACCAUAACUCUAACAUUUUUAGCAAAGAAUAGUACUGAAUGCAAGUUUUCUUUGUUUGUGCUUUAGGCAGGAUUCUUCAUCCUCAGCUGCAUCCUAAACUCAUGUAUAUAUAAGAAUAUAUCUAAAGUGUGAAAAUUUUUAAUGCAGGGAAUACAAUGUAAAAUAUUUUGAUGCAGGGAAUACUGUACAAUGUACAGAAUUUGUAUCCCAACUGAAUUUUGAGUUCAGUCACUGCUGGUUUUCUGUUUUGACAGUUUGGUAUUAGAUGACAUUCCAGCAGCUGGUUUGAAUAGUUAGUUUUUUUGUACAGUAAUUAUGGGAAAAAUUAAGGUUGUAUGUUUGGUUUAUCGUGUUGGUCAACAUAGGUUUUAUUUUGCCUUUUGUGCUAUUGAUUGCUAAAAGAUUUUUGUACUUAAAAUAUAAGCAGUGUUCUAUGUACCUAAUGAGAUACAAAUUUGUGUGAAGCAGAUAUGUAUGGAAGUUUUCUCAUGUGUUUGAAUUUAUAGAAAUAUACUCUUAUCUGUUUUUGAUGAAUGUUGAACUGUAUAUAAUUAGGUGUUUGUGUGUAAAUGUUAGAUGAUCUUCUAUUAAUUAAUGACUUGCUAUGGUACUUCACUGAGUUAUAACCCAAGUUUAAAAUGUACCUGAGCAUUUUAGAAAAUAAUUAAUUUUUUUUCGGUUAAUACUAUUUACAAAUUUUGAAUUUAUAUGAAUUUAAAGUGAGGUACAUUAAUUAAAGCAAGCUAAAUAUUUAAUGAAGCUGUGACAUUUUGUUUAUCCAUGACCCAAUAAAUAAUAUGUGCUAAUAGGAAACUGGUAAUUGCAUUCUAUCUAAAAUUAAGAUAAUCACAAAAACUUUAAUCAAAUUAAUGUAAAUAAAAAUUAAGUACAGCUUCACUGUGGGGUUAGAUAUUGACUCGAGAGACAAAUCUGGUUAUCUGUGGGAACUUGGUUUUAUGAAGACAGUCUACCAGACCUAAAUAGAUUAAUGUUUCAGGCUAGAGAGGAAGUGGCUAAAUUGUUAAUAAUUAAAACAUUUAAAAAAUGAAAAGUUAAAAAAUGAAAAGAACCAUUUAUGACAGUAGUUCAAUGGACUGCAAAACUUGUAAAGAAAUGUUUCAAGAAAUGUUUCAUGUUUAUUUUUCCAGAAUGCUAUAAUUUAUAAAUUUUUAGUAAAACAAAUCCUUCAUGUAGUAUAUAUUCACUAGAUGGCAUUGAUAUUGAUAUAUUUGGUGUCUGUUUAAACUACCGAGUAAUAAAGGUUCACUUCAUUAACCAUUUGUAAACGGAAAAUACCAUAGAGUACCUGUUGAUCAGCCCAAAAAGAGUCUACUUGAGACUCAGAGGUCUGGAAAAACUAAUCCCUAUUAAUAAUAAUAACCUGUUGAAGUAAAUGUGAAAUUCUCAUUUUGAUACAUUUUUUUUUUUGUACUUUGUAAGAAUUGUGCGCUGGGACUUUGGAGUCAUGUGCUUUAUUUUAGGAUUUUCCUUUUUAGUGUAUUCUAGUGAUUUUAAUUAAUUUAUCAAAAGUUUUAAGCACAUUACGUAAAACUUUAAUUUUCACAUUCAGACUUUGCUUACAAAUAUAUGUUAUUUAAUCUAGAAAGAACCUUUUUGGUACAGUAUUUAAUUUUACUAAAUGUAUUGUGGAAGGCAUGAAGUAUUGUGACAGUAAUACAAUUACGUAUAUGCAAUUUAGGUAUUUUGAGUACUGCUAUUUUAGAUUUUGAUGACAUUCCAUUGUGUAGGUUUUGAAAUAUUUCUGCUUUCAGUUUGCAUUACCAUGGGGCAUAAAUUGUUCCUGCCACCUCCAUUAAAAAAAAAAAAUUGGUUACCCACCCUAUCCGUUCACAUAGCCUAAUGUAGCAAAAAACCUGUAAAACUGUCUUUAUCUGUAAGUAAUGUUUUUUAAUGUAAUAGUUGACAUGGUCCGUAAUUGUCCAGUGGAGUAGAAAAAGGAACAAUUUUUAAUGUAGAAAAUGCCAAUAUUUGUAAUAUUAAGAAAUAAAAGUUUUAAUAUCA